UUUAAAAUUUGGAAAAGUUUAAGAAACUAGCGCUAUGUAAUAAUAUAAAUGCUAGUUCUUGAUCUAAAGCAUCUUGAUGAAAAAGAACGAGAUAAAAUUCUAAAUGUUCUAAAAAGGAAUGCCGAUUUGCAAAGGAAAGAUUCACAAAGAUUAGUAGAUUUGAAGGCCGAGAUAAAGCGCCUAAAGGUGAGGGGGGCUCUUAGACCGGGAGCGGAUGGCGACCGAUCCUGCAGGCGAUGCCGUAAAAGGUUGGGUUACAUAUUCGAUACCGGCGCGAUAUGCCCCAGGUGCCUGGCUAAGGUUUGCAAAGAGUGCCGCCACUAUUACCUACCCACCAACGGGAGAGGCGCGGCGUACGUCGCCCAACGAGACUACCCCGAGUCGGCGGAGUUUAAGGGCUCACCAAUCCUCAACGGCCACAUCGACGACGAGGAGGAGAACCCAACUUUCGCGAAUGGCGUGGGUGAGGCAAAACUCCAGAAUGAUCAUACAUUCCUCAGGGAUCUGACUCGAAGAUUUAGCCAUUUCGGGUCCGAACAAUUUGGCGGGGACUACGAUUCGUCGAACGCGCGAAAUUUUGAUCGACAACCCUCAUUCGAUAGAUGGGUUUGCGUGUUGUGCUACAAACUCAUGGAUUACGCCUGUCGAUCAGGAGAAUGGUUCUAUCAGAAUCCUACGAACCGGAAAUAUUCUCUCCACUCCUCAAACCCUACUCCCAACAUCGAUCUAGAUAACCUAACAAACGUCGACCCAACACGAUUAGGGGGGAUCUCGUUCACCCUGGACCACGACAGCAUAAAUGAUCUCCAUCUCGUUAAAACGAGUCAACCCGUCAAUCACAGUAACUCUCGAGGCGAUGACCCUAUUUCGUCAUUGACUCCUGUCCAGGAAUUCGCAAAGCCGCAAGGGGAGGACAUACUAUAUACGAAUUACGGCGACGAUGAGAAAAUGGACGAUGAAGAUGCCAAAAUGGGUGUGAAGGCACGCCAUAGCGUAAUCAUAGAAAACCGGCCCCUUUCUGAUAUCGAAGAAACUAGGAGUGUUCCAGAUAUCCUGGAGGAUAAAAAAGGGAUCGGGGAUAGUAUAAAAGCCAUUCACAGCGACACUAUGUUAUACCGAGGGACGACAGGCUCGUUGGAUGCGGAAGGAUCAUUACUAAAUAGUUUCAGCUUUGGUUUCGGGACCAAGCGCAAGAGUUUCGACAGUGAAUCUGGGUCCGCGAUCGAACAACCUAGAAGGCGGAUUUGGUGGUGGGAAGACGGUAGCGCUAAAGGCUGCGAACUAAAUGAGGAGAAUCCUUAUUCCACUGCCAUCGGGUUGAGCGCCAAAGUUCAAUCGAAUCCGGAAAAUCUCGUAUCUUCUAAAUUCCCCGCCGGUAUUACUAUGAAUUCCAUGGGAAUAUUCACUCUGGACUAUGAUUAUUUUACCCAUAUGUUAUUUUCCAACACGAUCCCUAGACUCGAACAGGGUGUGGUUAAGAUGUUAGAACCUCCUAGUAUGGUCCUCAAGCCCGAUAUCACUAAGGCCUCGGAUUGCCCUUCCAUUUCUCAACCUUACUUGAUGAAGGCCGCCUCGUAUUCGCACCCUAUCCGCCCUCUUUGUACUACCAAAAUGCCCGUCAACUCCGAAUCGUUGGAUAUAGAAGUUAUAACUGCUUCCAAACCCGAUUCUAAGACCAAACCGUCAUCUCACGUUAUCAUCCCGCUGAGAUACAGGAAAAAACUUUCUUCCAUCAGUUCAUCGCCGAUAAAAUACUUGAAGCACUCACUUGUUAAAAAUUUUAACGAGAAAUUGGCCUUACCCGCCAGGGCUCGAAAGGUUUCCCUGGUGAGGUUGGUCGCAUUCAACAAGCUCUACAAGAGCAGCGAUGAGCCUGUAUCUAAGAAUGUUUCCAGCGUUUCGGAAUCUACGACAAACUCUCGGUCCGCCAAAAUUCCUUACCGGUUUUCGCUACCCGAACCGCUAUACAAGAUAUUCGAGAAUGACAGUGGCGACGACAAUUCAGGCGGGGAUUUCGGAAUCAUGACCCACAAUAAUUCGCAACCGAGCCACCUAUCCAAAACUCACAAAGCCAGAGGCAAUCAACGCAAAUUGAGCGAUUCCAUUAUUUCUAUGAAGAAUAAGCUGAACCUGUCCAUACAGAACGCCACCUCGAGGUGCGUUAGCUCGAUCAAGCAAUUGAUCAACAUGCCCCAAGCUACAGAACAAUUCCAAGUGGGGCAUUGUGUUCCGAGGACCAAUCUGUUCUCCCGUAUAUUGUUCCCUUCUCAUCGCUCCAAGACUUCCAUCUCGGGUGGCUCGAAAGAAGGUAACUCUCUAUCAGAAUUUGGAAUAAUAUCGGAAAAAUCAUCCGACACUCGCGAUACCAGCAGUCCGGAACCCGUCGAAGGAAUAUAUUUAAACAAAAAGUCUGAAGAAAAUUAUCUCAGGACCCGCUUCAAUACCGCUGCCAAAGAUUCCAAUUACGAAUCCUCGUUGGAAAGCGGAAACAGCAGUGCGACGACAACUGGAAAACGUUCUACGCUCCGCAAACAGAUCGCGGUGGACCAGGGUAACCAGUUUGAUAAGACACGGCGCGCCAAGUCGGAGAUGUCCGCUCUUCGUCAGAUCUCCACUGCCAGCUCAGUUAAAUCUUCUCAUAGCACCGACACCGACAUAGAACUAGCAUUCGCCUCCCUGGCUCCAACCCGUGCCUCCCUAGCCUCACCUUCCCCUCGAUCCUCUGACAAAAGAUUAAGCCACUCGGGAGUAUACCCCGUUACCACCGUACACAACUCCGUUGUCUUGGGGGGGAUCGAUCAUACGAGCGGGAUGAUCUCCUCCCCUCCGUCCACCGCUCAUCACCGCAUGACAACCGACUCUCUCACCAGCGGCGAACAGGACAUUCUUCCCCGCUUCGACAGCUUCGCGCACAGCCGUGAUAGAACGUUAGAACUGGCAUUCGGCGAGAUCUCGCUCGCUUUGCAUUACAAGCUGACCCACAAAUCCCUCGAGGUCCACAUCCUUGAGUGCCGCGGACUAGUCGUCUCCCCCUCGUCCCAAGAAUUCCCGAGCAAUCAUAGCGGUCACUCCAUAGGAGGAAGGAUAUCUACCAUGUCCCCGCCCUCGACGAGCUCUCGCCAUCAUUUUGCCGGCGCGAUUUCACCCUUCGCGGCAUUUAAAUUUAAACGAGCCAUCGGUUCCGACUCUCUCAAAGCACGAAAAAGGAGGCAUACUACCUCGUCCUCGGCCGUUAAUUCAACAGCUUCGCCCCAUAGGACCGACGAUAUAAGCGUCCAAUCAGAAAUGUCUAAAACAAACCUGUUGAUUCCUCAGGCCACCGUAAAAGCCUCCUCUAGCACAUCUCAUCUGAUGUCCGUUCUUUUGAGCAAAACUUCCCCUUUACCUCACCGCCGGCGCAAUAAAAUGGCGGAUAAGUAUGACGAUCAAGGGGAUUCUAAAAUAAAAUUAUCGGAAGCCCAUACGUCUCCCAGAUCCGACGUAUCUGCGACUCGCGUAGUUCCGGUUUAUUCCGAGUCUGCCAGUGAUUAUCAGGACUCCGACAAGAAGCUGCCUACAACCUCCGCAUCUAACAUCGGGAGAGAAUCCACAUCCAAGACGAUUCCCUCCGUUAACGUUACCCCUGUCUCGAGCACCGUAUUCCCUCAUCACGAUAGAUCCCAUAGCACGCUACUCACAUCUGAUGUUAACGAAACUCAGCAUUCCAUGAGCGUCCCCAACCCUUACGUCAAGGUGUACCUGUUGCCCGAUAGAACACGAGCCUCCAAGAGGAAGACGAGAGUCAAGCACAAAACCGGUAACCCCAUUUACAACGAAAUGCUGGAAUACCGGCCCGUUUACAUAGAUGAACUAAGAAAUCGAAGUCUCGAGAUAGGAGUCUACCACAGGGAAAUAUUUGGAAAGAACGUUUUUCUCGGCCAAGUGAUCAUCAACCUUAAUAAUUACAAAUUUCAAGAUUUGCUCCCAAAGUGGUACAAACUCAAAAAUCGGGAAAAUUCGAUAAACCUUUGAAAAUUAACUAUUUAGAAAAAAAAAAUUGUUGUCGGUAAUUAGA